UCUGAUUCAUGAUUACGAAACAAACGAAAGUCGACGUCAGUGUACGUAACUUCGUAUCUUAAAUUAUGGCAUUGACAAGCAAAUUUGGCUUAGGCCUAGGACGAAUUUUGCCUCGUAGGUUUGAUAGUAUUGCAGUUAAUGCUAUAAGAACAGCUCAAACAUCUACUGCAGAACAACAUAAAAAAGAAGAAAAGAUCAAACAGUUUUCUAUUUACAGAUGGGACCCUGACAAGCCUGGCGAUAAACCUCGAAUGCAAGUUUACGAUGUUGAUCUGAAUUCAUGUGGUCCAAUGGUACUUGAUGCCCUGAUUAAGAUCAAGAAUGAAAUUGACCCAACUCUGACCUUCCGUCGUUCGUGUCGUGAGGGUAUAUGUGGGUCUUGUGCCAUGAAUAUAGGCGGAGUGAACACCCUAGCUUGUAUCUGUCGUAUUGAUCCAAACCAGAGUAAAGCUACCAAAGUGUAUCCACUACCACACAUGUAUGUUGUAAAGGACUUAGUACCGGACAUGAGCAAUUUCUAUGCUCAAUAUAAAGCUAUUGAACCAUACCUACAGAAGAAAAGCGAUAUGAAGUAUGGAGAAAAGCAGAACUUCCAAUCAAUUGAAGACAGAGAGAAAUUGGAUGGUUUGUAUGAGUGUAUCCUCUGUGCUUGCUGUAGCACCUCUUGCCCCAGCUACUGGUGGAACAGUGACAAGUACCUAGGCCCAGCGGUCCUGAUGCAGGCCUACAGAUGGAUGAUUGACAGCCGAGAUGAGUACCAACAGGAGAGGUUAGCCAAGCUAGAAGACCCGUUCUCACUCUACAGAUGUCAUACUAUAAUGAACUGCACUAAGACUUGUCCGAAGGGUUUGAAUCCAGGCCGUGCAAUUGGUGAAAUUAAGAAGCUUUUAGCCUCAUACAACAAAGGAGAAUUAGCAUCAACAGCAUAAUGAACCUCAUUAAUGGCUUUAUUUUAUCUUAUAAAAAUAUUAUAUCUAGAUCACAAUACUUAGACAAGACUUGUAUCUUGUUUGGCGAUCCCACUGACCACGAUGAUUUCAAAUAGAAAACUUGUUUAUUGGCAUCUAUAUAUACAUUAUACAAAAAAUAAUUUUUGUAUCACGAAUAAAACACUCGCAAGAGAUAUUGAUUUCUUCCAUUCAGGUUAAAAAUAUUUAUCAGUUUUGAGGUUACAUUGCAAUAGUGUGUCUUUAUACAACAAUGUAAUAAAAUACCAUGCAAAGAUCUAAGGAUUUUGCCAAAAUAAAAACUUGUUCGCUAAACAAGGUAUGAAUGAAGUUUCACUUUUUUAGCCUUGCCACAUGUGUGUCAUUUAAAAAAAUUGUUCUUGAUAAAUAAUGAAUUUCAGAGAAAACCGAGUGCAGUGAAUUGUAAUUAAAGGGUAAUUAUUGUUACAUUAA